AUGCUCUCGCCUCACGAUGACGACGAUGACAACCAUCUUUGCAUUAAAUGUAACGCCACUAUUAUUGGCCUCGAUAACUAUGUGAAACACAGAAAACAAGGAUGCCGUAAAAGAAAAAUCGAUUCUAAACCAGAACUCGCUUCCAUUGACCCAUUAGAAGCAACUUACAACCUCGGUGCGGACGUAUUCUUUCAAUCUUUAGAGUUGCAGAGCAGCGUGAAGAGAUCACCGCUGUCUCGACUCACGCCUCCAACACCGGUUACCAAAAAUAGUAUCGAUAAGAAAAACUCAUUGAAUGUAGCGUCGACAUCUAGAGAUAUCCCUAGAAUUAGUCCCAUUGAAAGUAAUUUAAGAGGUGAAGAUUGGAUCGGUGGUCAUAGCUUGAGGAUAGGAAGUAACGAAGAUAAUCAGACUAAAUUAAUCAACGCUGUGGCGAAUAUCAGCGGAUCUGUUAAGAAAGAACCUCUAAAUUCCUACAAUAUAACUAACUUCAGCGUGUACAAAGAAGACAAUGAUUCUGAAGAAUCGAAUGUUUCGGAAGACGAGGAAGAAGAUGAAAUAGUCGUUGAUGAAGGUUCAUGGCCACCUCCACCCAACUACACGGGUGGCAAAUGGCGACCAGCGUCACCGGACCAGGAGUGGGAUGUCAGAGAAGAACAGGAACAGGUCGAUCGGGACUACGACUAUGACGCUCCUCCGCCAGAACAUACCAAGGGAAAAUGGAUCCCAGGAGCCAACGAAAGAACUCAAAUCAUGCAAACUACUAUUCAGACUAAAGGCUCGGUCCAGUACUGGUGUGGUCCGUGUAAUCGACGACUAGGCUCUAGAGCUAUUUACGAAAAACAUUUAAAAUCAAACUUGCACAUCAGAAAAGUCCUUCCUGAACAAGAGUUAGAGUUUUCUGGAAGUUUAGUUUCUACUAACAAUUCAUUAGUGAGACCCAGAUCAGCUGGUGCAGCGAUGUUUGUUAGCGCAGUUUACUCGUCGCCGACAAGAAAAAGAAUUAAGAAAGAGUCAAAAGUUAGCAUUAAAAUGAAUAAAAAGAAAAGGAAAAGAACAUCAUGCUUUGUUCAAUGCUCCGGUUGUAAGACGAGAGUCAAAAGAAAUUUAAUGGGGAAACAUUUGAUAUCUCACUACCAUUUCAGAAAAGGAACCGUCGUUAAAAAUUUUCUGUACAAACAAUUAGUUCUCAAUAACAUAGACGCUAUCGUGCAUCAAGCCCCUUUCCAAUGCAGUCCAUGCAAAUUUUACACCAACUGGCAAACUAACUUUAUGCAACACUGGAACUCGGAAGAACAUAGAAGUACCAUUUCAACAAUAGAAGGUGUAUAUUGGUGUUCAUUUUGUAAAUUUGAGUCCGAAACGUGUGAGGAGAUGUCCGCCCACAUAACGAGCACUGAACAUGGAGAAGUCGCAUCAGUUAUUAAUAGGUCCAUGCCUAUAAUAAUACGCAAAAAAUCUGUAAUAAAAUGUCACACGUGUUCGAUGGUGUUCAGAUACAAUGUGGAGGUGAAACAUCAUUGUCGUUCAACAGGACAUGACUUGCCAUACUCGGCCAGUGACAUCUACCAGGAAGUACAUAGAUGUCAUCACUGUAAGAAGAAGUUCAAGCUAUCCAUCUCACUUGUAGCGCAUUUAAAAAAAAGACACAACGACAGUGUAUACUUCUGUCUCCUUUGUUCGAAGACCUUUGACUCAGCUGUUGAAGUCAAGAACCAUCGGCAGAGCACUGAGCACCGAGUCAAGAGGUUAGAAGUAUUACGCGAGCGGGGACUGCUCACGAAAGAUAUAUCCAAGAAGUGUCCUUACUGUCCACAGUAUGUCGUGUUGAAAAACACGUUGGAACUGAGGGAGCAUAUUAUAAACGUACAUCCAAGCAUUAAGAAAAAAUGUCCCAAAUGUGGGAAGGAAUUCAUUUUCUCCCAGGAGGUGUCUCGUCACAUUCGCUCCAACGCGUGUAAGCUUCACAAUCCCGAAGUUCCUCAGUCAUCCAUCACGUGGAAGUGCAGCCAGUGUCUGUUCGUGACGGACUCGCAGGCCGAGUGUUUCUUCCACGAGGUCCUGCACACGGAACCGACCACCGAGACUACCAACACGAAUAAAAUCAUUAAGAAAUACAAAUGUCCGCUGUGUCCAAAGAUUUUCAGGAAGCCAUCACUGAGGCUACAUCUGAGGCAGCACACGUUCGAGAGGCCUCUAGUGUGUACUAUCUGUGGAGCGAACUUCACGCGGCAGUCCACUCUGGCUAACCACACGCGCACCGAGCACACGGACCAGCGACACGAACAUGACGAGCAGACAGACGAACAGACUCUCAAGUGUAGGAAGUGCAAGAAAACAUUUGAUAGAAGAGUGUCCCUGACUCAUCACGAGGUGACGUGUGAGGGUAUGGAGCGCCGCUGUCCUCACCCCGACUGUUCCUACAUCGCCUCCACUGUGGCUCAACUCACCAGGCAUCGUUAUGGACAUAAAGAAAUUGUAAAGCAGUACGAAUGUCCUCACUGCGACUUCAAAGCCGAAAAAUCGAGUCACAUGAAGAGGCAUUUGUUCUGUCACGAACGUAUUAAACCCUACGCCUGUCCUCAUUGCGACUUCACGUGUGGUAGUCUGGAGAACCUCCGUAAGCACGCGGUCCACAGUAAGCUUCACGUAGGUCUCUGUCUUUACUCGUGUCCUCAGUCGUGCGGCUUCUCGUCGGACCGCGCGGCGUCUCUCCGGCGCCACUUGACGUCUUGUCACAGUGACGUAUACGACGCGCCCGCCGCUAACGCUACUGUCAAGACGCUGCUCAUGACGGGGGACGCGAUGUAG